AUGACAACAGAAGUCUUCUCUCUAUCUCUUGGAUUUAUUUACAGGAAACAGAUCCAAGCUAUGCUCGGCCAAUUCAGCGAGGCAGAGGCCUUGUUAAUAAAUGCUGGAGUGCAGCCAGGAACUAUUGAUGGAGUUCUUUUGGAUCUGGGGUGCUCCUCCAUGCAACUUGAUGCUCCUGAGCGAGGUUUCUCCCUUCGGAAGGAUGGCCCCUUGGACAUGAGGAUGGAUGGAGACAGGUAUCCUGACAUGCCCACUGCUGCUGAUGUUGUGAAUGCUUUAGAUCAGCAAGCACUUGCAUCCAUCCUAAGAGCAUAUGGAGAGGAGAAGCAUGCCAAGAAAAUUGCUUCUGCAAUCAUUCAAGCUCGCAGGGUUUACCCUAUCUCGAGAACCCAGCAGCUUGCUAGCAUUGUUGCAGGUGCCUUUCCUCCCUCUGCUGUCUAUGCAAGAAAGGACUUGCUGCAAAGGUCUACCCACAUCGCUACCAAGACUUUCCAAGCGCUUCGCAUCUUUGUGAACAAUGAGCUGAAUGAGCUCUACACAGGACUGAAAACAGCACAGAAAUUUCUGAAAAGUGGUGGCCGCCUUGUUGCCCUCUCCUUUCAUUCUUUAGAAGAUCGCAUUGUGAAACGAUUUUUGCUUGGGAUAAGCAUGACAGAAAGAUUUAACCUGAGCAUUAGACAGAAAGUGAAGCAAACUUCACAGCUGAAUUCAAGUCGUGGGAGUGUUGAGAGUGAAAGGAGCAGCCCUGUAAGAGCUCCUCUGAUGUGGGAUCUCAUUCACAAGAAGGUGCUCACUCCGGAAGAUCAGGAUAUCCAAGAAAACCCCAGAGGGCGCUCAGCCAAGCUAAGGGCAGCUAUCAAAUUAUGAGGCUCUUAUUAUUCGAUCCUUAAAUUUUCCUCCUGUACUUCUGUUUUUGUUUUCUAAUAUAGAAGUGUUUCUGAACACUUUAAUGCAACGUAAAGUAUGGGGCAGCCUGGAAAUGAGUGAUAAGUAUUUUUUUCUCUAAAGAUAAUGUAGGAAGCUUUGACAUGGCAUAAAAACUUCCACUCAGAGAUCACAGAGUCUCAAAAUGGGAACUUGUUGAUCUCUGCGUUGUAUUUGAAUUAUAAAAUUCAGUCAUUUCUUUAAUGAAAAAAGUGGAAAACCACAGAGACAGCUGACAGGAGCUUCUGAGAACCCUGGGACUCUAGACAAA